AUGGCGACAAUUUUACUCGCGCCAAUUGAACGGCUUCCAAUCGAGUUACUCGAGCCAAUAUUCUUUCGCUCGAAUAACAUCCAUCUUCCGCUGGCUAGCCAUGUCGUCGGCACUAAAUUGUCGACAGAGCUCGCCUUUAAGACCUUGAGCAUACGAAUUCUCUUUAAAGGCGAUGACAAGGAAAGCCAAUUACCGCAGUCACCGGAUGUAUCACUUGAAGUCGUUCAAACCAAAACUCAGCACAUAUUUUGGCCUUUGACUAAGAGUGAGAGGAAAAGGAGGAAGGACAAAGCCGCUCGGGAGGCACUCGACUUGUAUACUGGAAUUUGGGAGGGCCGAGUGGUGACCAGCCCCCAGUAUCGAAUCUUCUCAGCCAAAUUUAUGACUUUUGAGAGGUUCAAGAAGUAUCUCGCUAUUGCCUUGGGAUCCGAAGAAGUAGCUAAGGAGCUAUUGGAGAUGAGUCUUCAUACUGUCAACCAACUCAGCUUAUUCGGCAGCCACUUGCCCGAUGCGAUGGAAGAUCCGAUCGGGAAUGAGAUACGCAUGACCCUCAAAUAUUGGUGUCUGCAUUCUGCCCUGCCACUCAAAUUCAUGAGACCGCCGUUCUCGAGGCAGAAGGCGGAGUUCUUGCACCUACUUCUACGUCUUCAGUUUACGAUAACGGCAGCUCAGCGUCAAGAAGUUGAAAAUCAGUUGAAACCGGCCAUGGAAGCAGCUAUUUCCGAACCCAAUGAAGUUCUAUUGGCCUGUCUUUUCUCAAGCACAAUUGGUUUUUUGGUCUCACCUACGCUCCUCAAACGCGUAAUUCUAUCUCCGGAGAUAUCGGCCUCUGUCCUCACUAUCAUGAUAGACGCUCACUACUUCCACACCGACCAAUGCUUGACCCAUAAAUGUCCUCUUCAAAUCCUCCCCGGACUCGAGGAGAUUCCAGGCUGGUCAAGUGACGAACUGACAAGGAUUAACGACAAUUUGGGUAAUGAUCAGGGAAAAAAGAUAUUCUAUCCGAGAGAAUGUCGCGAGGCUGAUUUGAAGGCGCCAAGGCGCCUCUAUGAUGAAGUUGAGCUGAGAACGAUAAGGUGGCCGGUCAUUCCGAGGAGCUUAUUUCAGACAAACGGCGAGGCGAAUGUUGAAGAGGAAGGUAUAUCCCAUGUGACGCCUGCCUCGGGGGAGAGUUGGAGGAUUAGGAUGGCCAGGAAGGUGAAGGGGAUUAUACCGGGUUGGCUUGGAAGGGGAGCCUGA